AUACGGGAAACGUCAAAACAAAAAUUCUCGAUAUUGUUUUCCCAUUUUUAUUUACUCAUAUUAACUUCAAGUUCUAAGUCUAUAUCAGUACUAACAUACAAAUUUGUGUAGAGUGAUAUAUACAGAACUCCUUCCUAAUUGAUUCUGGGUCAUUCGGGAGCCUUCGUUAUUUUGGGUGAACUAUUUUUGUCCGCUCGUUCUACAUUUGGAGCAUUAGAAAUAUUUUGACACCUAGGAAAAGAAUGCUCCUGUAUGUAUUUAUACUAUAACCCGGUGUACCUGUGAUGGUGAUGACUUGCGCAAUGAGUAUGGGAGACGCAGUGUUGCGCGAGCGUCUUCCGGCGCUAUGGAGACGAAUAGAAGAUGCACACUACAGUUAUUUGGAGACCGAUGACAGUCCAGAGAAAUUGUUACAAAAGAAGAAAUUGGAAGGUUACAUAAUUGAGUAUCUGUCUCUUGUACCACAUGAGUGUAAAUUUGGUCUGGCAGAAACUACAAAAGUGUUCCAGCGAACGAUAAACGAGCUGCCCGAAUUUAGUGCGUACCGCGGCAGUAUUGGAUGGGCGGCGAUAGCGCGGUACGCGGGAAACCUACUCGCACAACCUUGGCGAAAGGAGUAUAAGGUUAUUAGGCUAUACUCUGGCUUCUAUAAGCACGAAGUCGAAGCGAACAUGGUUGGUGCAGAAACUUUGCUUCAAUCAAUGGGCUACCGCCCUGACGACCAUUACGCCGGUCGUUUACGACUGGACGGGCCCGCCUGUCCCGAUAUGGUGGCCGCUGUUUCACGCGACGCUCUUAUCGCAUAUUGCGAGUGUCAGAUAAUGUCCCAGGUGUGGGAGGAGGUGGUGGGCAGGGGAGUACGCGUGAGCUGGACAGACGUCGCGCGGGAACGCGCCGCGCGCGCCGGCUCCGCUCGGGCCGCGGCAGCCGCCUUGUCCGGCUACAGCGAUGGUAAAUAUAAAGUGAUUUAUAAACUAUGUGAGCGAUCGACACAUCUUGUCAAAGGUUCACGUUAAUUUUGCUAGUUGAAAAGCAAUUAAGUUGUUGUCAAAAUUUAAGUUUAAGUUAAGAGAAUUUUGAAGUGCCGAUACGCGGCGCGAGUAGGUAAUAAAUUAGGUAGGUAAUCAAAUGCUAUCUGUUUCAUACCACUCGCUCUGUAUCCCCGUAUCGUGCGAUAGAGAAAGUUGCAAGUCUUGGAAGCAAUUGCCUACAUUCCCUCUUUGAAAUAUUGUUUCGGGCGAUAACGUUUUCACCCUCCCUUACAGUACCACCUUAAUUUAGGUUUCUUUUUUUGGUAAUUCAGUUUAGCUUAAUUUAAAAAAAAACGCUCGAGGAAGUCAAAAACACAGAUAUUUAGAUGCUAAUAACUUAUUUCGUACGCAAUAUUUCUUUAAAAUAAAAACGUACGGACCUAGUUUUUCAUUAUACCUACAACAUUUCCAAAUAUUAUGAAAAUUAGAUAAUGCUCAGGGGGCGAAAAACGUUAUCGCCUUUUGUAUGAAAAUUUACAGCGUUACAAUUCUCUUCACUAUAGUAAAAUUAUAUUGUGCGUGCAGUUGGGGUCAUAAAUCGUAGCCCGGCCUCAGCCCAGCUAGGGUGGUGAGCAUUUGCGCGGGCGCAACGCCAUUAUCGAUAACAACAAAUUUAAUUUUAUAUAUAAGUUAUUAUCUUUAUAUUUAUUUUUAACAUAACUUGUUACAUUCCAAACAUUUGUACAUAUAGUUUUUUAAUACAUAGAUACCUAAUGAAUAAUUUAUUUUAAAUUAUUAUUAUUCUUAUUUUAAUAAAUAUGUUGUUUUAUCUAUUUUUUUUUCAUUUUUAUCACUAACACACAUAAUGACAAAACUAAAUACCGUAUAGAUAACGCUUAUCGACAACAAUAAUGCGCAUCACUAUCCUCGCGCCUAAGGCCCGUGAGUGGGAGAGAGAGCGAAAUACUUCGAUGAUUUAUGACUUAAACUGCACGCACAAAAUAAUUCUAGUAUAACUGUGUAGUGGCGGUGUAAGAAUGUCCACUAACUCAUGUCGUCCCUUGCGUAUUGUAAGACGUGACUGAGGAAAACUGAAACUGAACGUGGGCAGCAACAUCUUCCAUAAACAACUUAAUAUAAUAAAAAAAUCCGGUUGCUAACCCGCCUGCCAAGCGUGGCGACUAUGGCAAAAUCCUCCCUAUGAGGCAAUACAUGGGGAAGGCCUAUGUUCAUAAGUGAACUUUUAAUAGGAUGUGAUGAUAAUAAAAACAAAUUACUUUUCUAUUUAAAUUAUAUUUGUCAGCAUACGUGAUCAAUUUAUUACAAAAUAUAUAAAAAUAAAUUAUAUGUAUACAUUUUUUUUUCAGAAUCGGAAAUAUAUUCCAACAUACCAGCAACAGUAACAGCUGACACUCAUCACAGCAGGUUACCCAACUCUCGGUAUCCUAACACCUCCCUUAUGUCUCAGUGUAAUCAUUCAUGCAAUGACAUAUCACCAUUAGAGGAACCAAUCACACCAAUUAUUCACCCUUCUUACAUGGUACCUCCUAAUAUGUUACCACCACAUAUGAUGUAUCCUAUCCAACAUCAGCAUAUUAACUCCAAUAUCCCUGCAACAGUUCCAUCGUGUAAUCCUAUAUCCGUGAUGACCCCUUAUGGCGCUGUGCCGUAUUAUUACCCCGUACAAACUCCCUACAUGAUACCAGGUCCCGUAUACGCUCCAAUCAAACACGCGACCAACGUUCCAAUCAAUGGUUACCCACCACCUAUUCAACAGUAUAGAUAUCCUACAAUGCCCGCAGUGCCUACUGCUCAGCUAAUUGAGCUGGAUACACCAUCAGUAUACGAAAAUGGAAAGUUUGAGAGGCAACGAGACGAAGAGAGAAGUAAUAAAAAGAACAGUAAACAACUGGAAAGUUUGAAAAGAACAUCAUCAAGAUCUGGCUUUAGCGAUGUUACGUUACCUAGUAUACCUCGUUCGGAUACCCAACCGACAUUAAGCAAAGCAAAAGAAGAUGGAAUGGGAACAUAUGAAAGCUGGGAUUAUGUGUUCAGAAAUUUGUCGAGCAAAGAGCAAGAUGGAGACAGUAGGAGUGGCUUCUCUCAAUCAUUAGAUAGAGAUUCAAGGACGCUUGACAGAUUGGAUAGAGAGGAAAGGAGAUCGAAGUAUCAACUGACUUCUCUAGACUUAGAAGAUGGCCUACAAGCUCUAAAUUUAGAUCGCUCUUAUGAUGAGGAACUGUAUAGAACGGCAAAAGUAAAUGAGAAUCUCAUGAGGCUAAAGCAAGAGCAAGAGUUAAAGAGAGCGAAACAUUUGGCUAAAAAGCAACAGCCAAGUGAAGAAAGAAAAACAAAACGACAGAUAGCAGAACCAGUAGGUAAUCCAAAAGCAGAUGGUUUAAUACCUAAUAAGGUCCCAACAGAUAAAGUUAAAUUAUU